AUGAAAUCGGAAAUAGAUGAAGAGGCGAUGUGGGAAGGCAUCAAGACUGCGACCGAAGAUCCCGAGGAGCUCAAAGUUAUUUGCUGUGCCCUGGACUCGUUUCUGCAGUAUGCAAAGUCGGCACACUUCCAAAUCACACAUCAGCGGAGACAAGCCUUUUAUGCCCUACCCAGGUACCAGUGGGAAAUGCUGGCGGGGCCUCCAUUCAACUAUCUCAAGACAUUGGAUAAGGUCGACGCCGCCAUUGAGUCCAACGCCGAGAUUUGCCGCGCAAUAGUCAAGACCGGGCAACCUAUGGUGCUGCCCCCUGAUCAUCAAUCAAAGCCUGGCCAACAGUCAUCUACUACUCCUCACUGGUCUGGAUGGGCUAAAGCCGCUGAUAUUGAUAAAGCCCGUACCACGGUCCGGCAGUUCUACCGUGACUGGACGGCUGAGGGCGCCUCGGAGCGAGAUGCAUGCUACGGCCCAGUCAUACGUGCACUAGUUGCUGAGAAGGCGUCUAGAGAGCCAAAGUCUGAGAACCCGUUCAAAGUCCUCAUACCCGGUGCCGGACUAGGCCGCCUCGUUUUUGAGUUGUGUCUUGAAGGAUUUGCUGUUGAGGGCAACGAGAUUUCAUACCACCAACUGCUGGCUUCGUCGUACAUACUUAACUCGUGUGAGGGCGCAGGCCAGCACACCAUCUACCCCUGGGUCCAUUCCUUCUCAAAUCACCUGACUAGAGAAAACCAUCUGCGAGGAUAUGCAGUUCCGGAUAUCCACUGCGGGACCGAGAUAGCACGCGCACAGCUACAGGGCACGAUAGGGACCAUGUCUAUGGUUGCCGCAGAUUUCCUGUGCCUCUACAACGACCACAGCCAUGCCGUAUCCUAUGAUGCGGUUGCCACCGUCUUUUUCCUCGAUACUGCUCCGAACUUGCUGCGGUACCUGGAUGCAAUCUUUCACUGUUUGAAGCCCGGCGGCAUUUUAGUGAACUUGGGUCCGCUGCUGUGGCACUUUGAAAACACCCUCACUAACCGUUCCAACGACGAGAGCGACAGCGAUAACAGUACUGGUGGCAUAGCUGACCCUGGUCGCUUCGAGCUCACUGAUGACGAGGUCAUGGCAUUAGUGACCUCUGCCGGGUUCGAAGUGGUCUCGCGGGAGACUGGCAUUGAGGCGCCAUACAUACAUGACAAGGACUCGAUGCUCCAGAUGGUGUAUAAAGCGAGCUUUUGGGUAGCUCGCAAGCCAGAAACCAAGUCUUAG